AUGUUUCCGGCAGUGACCAGGAUCCGAACUCACGACAUCGCUGCCUGUGGCCCGGUGUCCGUAACGCUACCAACUGAGCCACCGACUCACCUAAACAUCGCUGCCUGUGGCCCGGUGUCCGUAACGCUACCAACUGAGCCACCGACUCACCUAAACAUCGCUGCCUGUGGCCCGGUGUCCGUAACGCUACCAACUGAGCCACCGACUCACCUAAACAUCGCUGACUGUGGCCCGGUGUCCGUGACGCUACCGACUGAGCCGCCGACUCAACUUAACAUCGCUGCCUGUGGCCCGGUGUCCGUGACGCUACCGACUGAGCCACCGACUCAACUUAACAUCGCUGCCUGUGGCCCGGUGUCCGUGACGCUACCGACUGAGCCACCGAUUCACCUAAACAUCUCUGCCUGUUGCCCGGUGUCCGUAACGCUACCAACUGAGCCACCGACUCACCUAAACAGCGAGCGGUUUAGUCGCGUGUGUAAUUCAUUCGAAUGUAACUAG